AUGGCUACUGGUCAAACCACAAUAGACGUUGGCGCAACGCCACAGGCCCCUCACACCACCGGCCAGAAACAACACGGCAAGCGGCCAUUCCAGGGGAACCAUCACCGCAAGGGGGCGAAGCACAGGAGGAAGCAGCAGAAGGCCGUCCAGGAGGGAUCGCACGAGGAAGUGCUUCUGGCAGAUGUGCAGGCGUUGUUGGCUUCCCAGAAAAUAUCUGAUGGGGUUGAGAAUGGGACCGAGAAUGGUGACGCCGCCGAGGAGGUGCCUUUGCCGGCGCAGGGCAGCGAGAUCGAAGUUGAGGUUGUUGAGCUGUCGUCAACAGGGGAAGGGCUAGCAAAGCAAAAGGGGUCAGAUCACAUCUACGCCGUGUCGUUCUCUGUUCCCGGAGACACGGUAAAGGUCAAGGUGUACCGCCACAAUCACGACGAAGGGUACUCAGCCGCCGACUUCAUCUCGGUCGUCAAGCCGUCCGCUCUGCGUGACGACAGCCGGAUCAAGUGCCAAUAUUUUGCCACGUGCUCCGGGUGUCAGUUCCAGAUGCUCGAUUAUGAUGAACAGCUCAAGAUCAAGAAGAACAUCGUCGUCAAAGCGUACCGGAACUUCUCCCAACUGUCGCCCGAGCUAAUCCCAGAGGUGCUCGACACCAUUGGCAGCCCGCUACAGUACGGCUACCGCACCAAGUUGACGCCUCACUUUGACGGCCCCCCAGGUAACUCCAGGCGAGGGCCCAAGAAAAGCCACGAGUCAAUGCCGCCCAUCGGCUUUACACCGAAGGCCACGCGCAAGGUGCUGGACAUCGAGGACUGCCCCAUCGCCACCGAGGCUGUGCGCAAGGGCAUCACAGACGAGCGCGCCCGCAUGGCCGUCGAGUAUGGCAACUACACCAAGGGCGCAACCAUCCUCCUCCGCGAGAGCACCAAGCGUGUGCCCAAGGCCUCCCCCACAGACACCAUCGAGGUGCCGGAAGGGACGCCUGCCACCGCGCUGCGCGUCGAAAGCGACACGCACACCGACUUCAAGACGUGCAUCACGGACCAAAACGCCACCUCAACCGAGUACAUCGACGACUUCGUCUUCACCAACCCCGCGGGCUCCUUCUUCCAAAACAACAACUCCAUCCUGCCACCCUUCACAGCCUACAUCCGCGAGCAUAUCCUCCCCCCCACCACCACCACCACCACAAAACCCAUCAAAUACCUCAUCGAUGCCUACUCCGGCUCCGGGCUCUUCACCAUCACGCAAUCCGCCCUCUUCCCCGGCGGCAGCAUCGGGAUCGACAUCGCGGACAAGUCCAUCACCUACGCGCGGCGCAACGCGUCGCUCAACGGGCUCGCCGAGACGCAGUGCCGGUUCAUCGCGGCCGACGCACCCCAGCUCUUCCAGAGCGUGAGCGCGUACGACCCGGACGAGACGGUGGUGGUGCUGGACCCGCCGCGCAAGGGCUGCGACGCCAGCUUCCUGCGCCAGCUGCUGCGGUUCGCGCCGCGGCGGGUGGUGUAUGUGAGCUGUAAUGUGCAUACGCAGGCGCGGGAUGUGGGGGUGUUGGUGAGGGGCGCGGUGGAGGGGGAUAAGGAGGCCGGUGAGGGGGGGGCGAGGUACGAGAUUGAGAGUAUUCAGGAGUUUGAUUUCUUCCCGCAGACGGGGCAUGUUGAGGGCGUGGCUGUUUUGAAUAGGGUUGAUGCGUAG